AUGCGUUGCCUCCUUUGCUUCCUCCUUGCGCCUGCCGCGCUGGGUGCCACACCGGGCAGCUGUGGUGAGCUCUGCCGACGUGUGCGAGCGUCGGCGGAGCAGCUUCGCCACUGGGGCAGCCAGAGCGUCGGUGCUCGUCAAGGCACCUGCGGCUCAUCACGCCCUUUGCAGCUCCAGAGUCCACCGUCUUCGCUGGAAGAGCUCAUGGUGGUCUUUCCAGUGGUCCGCCGUGCACGUGGAGCCGAGAGACAGUAUGUGCAGCGCUCAGCUUCGGCACUGAAGAGGGAGCUCAGCUUCGUCACGGAAGUCCUGGUUGUUGGGGAUGCAGGAGACGCGACGGCCACCUCCUUGCACACGCUGGGCGCGAGGAUCGGCACCCGAGCGCGCUACCAAGAGAGGGCGAAGCACCCGGAGCUGCGAGAUCCGUCGGUCUUGAGGCAAGACUUUGGAGAUCCGCUGGAGAAAGUCCUUUGGCGCUCCCGACUGGUCUUGGAUUUUCACAGCGCGAUCCAGACGGCCCUUUUGGACGACAAAGCCUUGGUACUCACGCGACAUGCGCUUUGGCUGGAGGAUGAUGUGGAACUACUGCCAGGCUUUGGCCAGCUUUUGAGGAGUUGGCUCGAGCAGCAUGGGCAGCGGAAGGACUGGCUGGUGCUACAGCUGUUGGGCUUCGAGCGCGACGCGGAUCAACGGACCUGGACUUGGGGAACCCAAGGCUGGGGCGGUGGUGGCACCCUGCUCUACAAUGGUGCUUGGCUUUCAAGCUACGCCUCCUUCGUCAAGCAGAACUUCGACCGCGCGCCCUUGGAUUGGCUGCCCAAGCUUAUGGCACCGCCUGAAGGCCUCCAGGCCUGGUGGCAACCCCAGCUGCGGCCGGUGCUUUUGCGGCACUUUGGCCAACACUCCACGCACCGGGACUUCUGGUGA